CUAAACAUUAUAUUCUCGUUCUUCUCUCGGACUAUAAAUUACUGCAGCUGCCUGUACAUACAAAGUCUACACACUUGACGGCUCCAUCUCUGUCUCUUCUGCUCGAGUCAUUUUCUUUAUUCUUAUUAAUAUCUCUUCCUUCGGAUUCAUGUCGGAGAAGGGUCGGCCACUGCCAAAGUUUGGCGACUGGGAUGUUAAUGACCCAGCUUCCGCAGAGGGAUUUACUGUCAUUUUCAACAAGGCCAGGGAUGAGAAGAAGACAGGUGGGAAACCCGAGUCACCUUCAAAGGUGGAUGCAAAUACUAUGCAUGGAGUGGAACCUUUAAAACAUCAGGGUAAGAAUUGGUUGUGCUGCAUGCAGAGCCCCCGAACAGAAUCUUGAUCCCGUUAUGUAAAAGAUCAACAUAGAAGUGCAUGUCCAUAACGACUCAGAUUAUAUAGGAUUUGCAGGUGUUAUCCGUCACCAUUUGUGUUUUGUAAGAGACAAAUAUUAAAAACUCAAAACAACUUGUGUGUAAUAUUUGGUGGAUUAAGUAUUUGAUGGUAUCUUUGUAUCUUGUGGCCCGUAGACCUUUUGUCAUCCCGUGUUAAUUUAAAAUCACUUGCACAUUUAUUUGCUGAA